AUGGCUGAAAAAUUGCAACAAACAGCUCAAAACAUUGUUGACGACAUCAAAUCUGGCCUCCAUGGCAUCCACGGUGCAGGUGACGCUCUCCGUGGCGGUGCAAUGGAAGCGCUUGACAGCGUCUUCAACAAACAUGAGGGCGAGGAAAGAAAUCGAGAAAUCGCCGAGCGCGGCCUAGCGGAGAUGAGAGGGACCGAAAACCGAUACGAAGAAAGAUACCAUCAACAUGAGGCACAUCAUGCGGGAGCCGAGCACGGCAUCGGACACGAUCACCACGGACAUGACGGCCAUGGACAAGGGAGUCAUUUCGCAGAGGCUCAUGCAAGGGAUGCGGCAGCUGAAGAUCAUUAUAAAGCGACUGGAAUUGUGUCUGAGAAAGGCGACAGCAUGAGCGCAGCCCGGGCAGCGACGGAAGAAAAGCAUUGA